AUGGUUCCUCAUGCUGAGGACAAGGUUCUUCACGGUGAGGACAAGGUUCUUCACGCUGACGACAAGGUUUUUCACGCUGAGGACAAGGUUCCCCACGCUAAGGACAAGGAUCUUCACGCUGAGGACAAGGUUACUCACGCUGAGGACAAAGUGCCUCACGCUCACAACAAGGUUCCUCACGCUGAGGACAAGAUUCCUAACGCUGAGGACAAGGCCCUUCACGCUGAGAACAAGGUUCCUCACGCUGAGGACAAGGUUCUUCACGCUGAGGGCAAGGUUCUUUACGCCGAGAACAAGGUUCCUCCCGCUGAGGACAAGGUUCUUCACGCUGAGAACAAGGUUCCACACGCUGAGGACAAGGUUCCUCACGCUGAGGACAAGGUUCUUCACGCUGAGGACAAGUUUCUUCACGCCGAGGACAAGGUUCCUCAGCCUGAGGACAAGGUUCCUCACGCUCACGACAAGGUUCUACACGCUGACGAUAAGGUUCUUCCCGCAGAGGACAAGGUACUUCACGCUGAGGACAAGGUUCUUCACGAUGAGGACAAGGUUCUUCACGCUGAGGACAAGGCUCCUCACGCUGAGGACAAGGUUCCUCACGCUAAGGACAAGGUUCUUCACGCUGAGGACAAGGUUCCUCACGCUGAGAACAAGGUUCCUCACGCUAAGGACAAGGUUCCUCAACUUAGAACAAGGUUCCUCAUGCUGAGGACAAGGUUCUUCACGCUGAGGACAAGGUUCCUCACGCUGAGGACAAGGUUCCUCACGCUGAGGACUAGGUUCCUCAACUUAGAACAAGGUUCCUCACGCUGAAGACAAGGUUCCUCACGCUGAGGACAAGGUUAAUCACGCUGAGGACAAGUUUCUUCACGCUGAGGACAAUGUUCUUCACGCCGAGGACAAGAUUCCUCACGCUGAAAACAAGGUUCCUCACGCUGAGGACAAGGUUCCUCACGCUGAGGACAAGGUUCUUCACGCCGAGGACUAGGUUCUCCACGCCGAGGACAAGGUACCUCACGCUGAGGACAAGGUUCCUCACGAAGAGGACAAGGUUCCUCACGCUGAGGACGACAAGGUUCCUCACGUUGUGGACAAGGUUCUUCAUGCUAAGGACAAGGUUCUUCACGCUGUGGACAGGGUUCUUCAGGCCGAGAAAAAGGUUCCUCUCGCUGAGGACAAGGUUCUUCACGCUGAAGACAAAGUUCCCCAAGUUGAAGACAAGGUUCCUCACGCUGAGGACAAGGUUCCUCACGCUGAGGACAAGGUUGUUCACGGUGAGAUCAAGGUUCCUCACGCUGAGGACAAGGUUCUUCACGCCGAGGAGAAGGUUCCUCACGCUGAGGACAAGGUUCCUCACGAAGAGGACAAUGUUCCUCACGCUGAGGACGAGAAGGUUCCUCACGCUGUGGACAAGGUUCUUCACGCUGAGGACAAGGUUCUUCACGCUGAGGACAAGGUUCUUCAAGCGGAGGACAAGGUUCCUCACGCUGAGGACAAGGUUCUUCAGGCUGAGGACAAGGUUCCUCACGCUGAGGACAAGGUUCCUCACGCUGAGGACAACAAGGUUGCUCACCCUGUGAACAAGGUUCCGCACGCUGAGGACAAGGUUCCGCACGCUGAGUACAAGCUUCCCCACGCUGAGGACAAGGUUCCCCACGGUGAGGACAAGGCUCCUCACGCUGAAGACAAGGUUCCUCAACUGAGAACAAGGUUCUUCACGCUGAGGAAAAGGUUCUUUCCGCUGAGGACAAGUUUCCUCACGCUGAGGAUAAGGUUCUUCACGCUGAGGACAAGGUUCUUCACGCUGAAGACAAGGUUCCUCAACUGAGAACAAGGUUCCUGACGCUGAGGAAAGGUUCCUCACGCUGAGGACAAGGUUCCUCAAGCUGAGGACAAGGUUCCUCACGCUGAGGACAAGGUUCUAAACGCUGAGGACAAGGUUCUUCACGCUGAGGACAAGGUUCUUCACGCUGAGGACAAAGUUCUUCUCGAUGAGGACAAGGUUCCUCACGCUGAGGACAAGGUUCUUCACGCUGAGGACGAGGUUCUUCACGAUGAGGACAAGGUUCCUCACGCUGAGGACAAGGUUCCUCACGCUAAGGACAAGGUUCCUCAACUUAGAACAAGGUUCCUCACGCUGAGGACAAGGUUCUUCAGCCUGAGGACAAGGUUCUUCACGCCGAGGACAAGGUUCCUCAAGCUGAGGACAAGGUUCCUCAACAGAGAACAAGGUUCCUCACGCUGAGGAUAAGGUUCCUCACGCUGAGGAUAAGGUUCCUCACGCUGAGGACAAGGUUCUUCACGCCGAGAACAAGGUUCCUCACGCUGAGGACAAGGUUUCUCAACAGAGAACAAGGUUCCUCACGCUGAGGAUAAGAUUCCUCACGCUCAGGAUAAGGUUCCUCACGCUGAGGACAAGGUUCUUCACGCCGAGGACAAGGUUCUUCACGCCGAGGACAAGAGUCCUCACGCAGAGGACAAGGUUCUUCACGCAGAGGACAAGGUUCUUCACGCCGAAGACAAGGUUCCUCACGCUGAGGACAAGGUUCCUCACGCUGAGGACAAAGUUCCUCAAGCUGAGAACAAGGUUCCUCACGCUGAGAAAAAGGUUCCUCACGCUGAGAACAAGGUUAACUCCUUACGCCGAGGGCAAGGUUCUUCACGCUGAGGACAAGGUUCCUUACGCUGAGGACAAGGUUCUUGACGCUGAGGACAAGGCUCCUCACGCCGAGGACAAGGUUCCUCACACCAAGGACAAGGUUCCCACGCUAAGGACAAGGUUCUUCACGCUGAGGACAAGGUUCUUCACGCUGAGGACAAGUUUCUUCACUCGGGGACAAGGUUCCUCACGCUGAGGACAAGGUUGUUCACGCUGAGGACAAGGUUCCUCACGCUGAGGACAAGGUUCCUCACGCUGAGGACAAGGUUCGUCACGCUGAGGACGACAAUGUUCCUCACGCUGAGGACAAGGUUCCGCGCGCUGAGUACAAGCUUCCCCACGCUGAGGACAAGGUUGCCCACGCUGAGGACAAGGUUCGUCACGCUGAAGACAAGGUUCCUCACGCUGAAGACAAGGUUCCUCAACUGAGAACAAGGUUCCUCACGCUGAGGACAAGGUUCCUCACGCUGAGGACAAGGUUCCUCACGCUGAGGAUAAGGUUCUUCACGCUGAGGACAAGGUUCUUCACGCUGAGGACAAGGUUCUUCACGUUGAGGACAGGUUCUUCACGCCCGGGACAACGUUCCUCACGCUGA